CGUGCCUCGACGGCAUCGGUGGUGGGAUGAGAGAGGGACCGCGGCGGGGACUGAGGGAAGGAGGUGGAGUCUGUCCCAGUCUGCAUCUGGCCCUCUCCCCUCUGUGUCACCCCGGGCCAAACCCGCCCAGCUCCUCUCACUCGCUCUCCGCCUGUCCUCCCGCACGGCUCGGCCCGGUCACACACACCCACCCACCCGCACAGGCAGGCUCACACACACCGAGAGGACUCGGAAUGGACACGGAAGGGAGCCAGAGCAGCCUGUCCGCCGCGGACUCCCCUCACGACCCCUGCAAAAUGUUCAUAGGUGGACUCAGCUGGCAAACUACACAAGAGGGCCUGAAGGAGUACUUCUGCAAGUACGGCGAGGUGAAAGAGUGUAUGGUGAUGCGAGAUCCGGUUACUAAGCGCUCGAGGGGUUUCGGAUUUGUCACCUUCGUCGAUCAGGCCGGCGUGGACAAAGUUUUGGCCCAAAGCAGACACGAGCUGGACUCCAAAACAAUCGAUCCAAAGGUGGCGUUCCCUCGGAGAGCUCAGCCCAAGCUGGUGACUCGAACCAAGAAGAUCUUUGUGGGCGGCCUGUCAGUGAACACAACCAUCGAAGACGUGAAGCAGUACUUUGAUCAGUUUGGCAAGGUCGACGACGCCAUGCUCAUGUUCGACAAGACCACAAACCGGCACAGAGGGUUCGGAUUCGUGACAUUCGAGAACGAGGAUGUGGUCGAGAAGGUCUGCGAGAUCCACUUCCACGAGAUCAACAACAAAAUGGUGGAGUGUAAGAAAGCUCAGCCCAAGGAGGUGAUGUCUCCCACCGGCUCGGCCAGGGGGCGCUCUCGGGUGAUGCCCUACGGGAUGGACGCCUUCAUGCUAGGAAUCGGUAUGCUGGGUUAUCCCGGCUUCCAGACCGCCACUUACACCAGCCGGAGCUACGCGGGCAUCACUCCUGGAUACACCUACCAGUUCCCUGAGUUCCACUUAGAGAGGACUCCCCUUCUGACUUCACCCCACCCCCCUGAGCUCACAGCCAUUCCCCUCACAGCGUAUGGACCAAUGGCGGCGGCAGCGGCGGCGGCAGUCGUUAGAGGUUCCACCCCUUCUCGCACCGCGGGAUUUCUAGGAACGAGCAGCCCGGGUCCGAUGGCCGACCUGUACGGGACGGCCGGUCAGGAGUCGGCUGUCAGCAGCUACCUCAGCGCUGCGAGCCCGGCCCCGAGCACCGGCUUCAGCCACAGUUUGGGGGGCCCUCUGAUUGCCACCGCCUUCACUAACGGCUAUCACUGAGAGUAGCCGUAGACUGACAGCUGGACGGAGUUGAAGCGACGUCGGAGCCGAUCUGGUCCGUCUCUCUCCAGUCCGCGUCUCCUCUGCUGCGUUCGGGCGGCCGGACAUUCUCCCCACCUCGCCUGGUGUCGGCCGCAUCCUGCCCACCUUACCGACACCUCGCUAAACUCCACCUUUUUGCAAAUGAAGCAAACUAAAGAAAAAAAAAAAAAAAAAAAGAGAAAAAGAAACUUAUCACUGCAUAUAAUAGCAACACAUUCAAAUGCUGUAUUUUUGUUGUUGUUUAUGUCAUUUUGUUUUUAUGUUUUAGCUGUAUUUUUAUUUAGCUUUUUGUCCUCUCCAAAAAGUGAUCUCUCUGAGAGAAGGCUAGUUAGGUCUCCAACAUGCUUGCUUUGAAGCUGUAAAAUGACUUUACAUUUCUCUAUUUUACACUGAAUGUCAACACGUCAUACUAAUUUUUGAAAUAACGCCAGGAAUUGUAUAUCUUGGUAGGUUUUAACUAUGAGUUGUUACACUAAUUACCGUCGAACGGCGCGGACAGACUUAUUGGACCCCAGUAAAAGUAUUUAAAAAGCUUUAAAUUAUAGUCAUCUUUUAUUGCAGUGGCAUCAUCUCACACUGAAGAAUGUAGAAAAAUACAGCUUGUAAUUUGAGUACAUCUAUUUGUUGGGUGGGGAAUAAAAAGGGCAUCGACCAAACAAGCAGGAUGCAUGUCGAUAGCGUCUAGUUCAGAGUGAAGAAACAACGGAAGUUUUAAAAAUGUUAUGUAAACAAAUGUGGGUUUUAGCGAGUUUCCAUUUUCUUUUCUUGGAAUAAUUACGAUCGAUUCCCUCAACAGAAUGACUGAAAGUCGUACUUAUUUUCAUCCAGAUUUGUUUUUCUUAUUGUUGAGCUGGAAACUGCAGAUAUCAACAUUCCACGUAAGAAAAUGUAGCCGUUGUCUUUUUGACAAAGUUUGAUGUUUUUCUUUGUGCUGAAACUUAAAAACAGGAAUUAAAUGGUUUCUCUUGAGAAAUUACCACAAGUUUUCUUUAGUAGAUAUUUAUCAAAAGUUGCCAAAUGGGUUUCCUAAAAAAGGUCAGGUAAUAUCUAAACCGAUGUAUUCAGCUGGACUGAGGGCAGAAGUGGCUCUUGGGUAGAUGUUAAAGGCUGCAGACCCCUGGUCUAGAGGUUGCUAUGGAGACCUAGUGAUGCCAAGAUGCUCUGAAUUUUAGUCUUAAACAACAAUUCCUGUUUAAACAUUUUUUUUGUCUCUUUUUUUCCUGACUCGUAUCGCCGCACAUCAGCCCUACUCCGAGUGUACUUUAUCUUUUGUCUUUCCCAUUUUGAAGCGUGGCAUAGAGGAACGAAACUCUGUCACAAAAUAUUUACAAAAACAAAAAAACGAGCACUGAUUAACUUUAAAAAAUAAUAAUACUAAUAUUCAUUCAAAAUUCUUCUGAUAAAUUUAUUACAUGGCAUUUUCAGAUUUAGCAGUAAUUAUAUUUGCGUCAGUUUCAUCAAAAGCAUUCUUUGUUUUUGGUUUUUUCUCUGUUCUUCAGCGUGAGAAUAUUUUUCUGCCACAACGGAUACAUUUAUUUUAAGGAUUUCUACACAUUUUUACCUGGGUUGCCAAAAACAUGGCUAGAUCUGUACUUUCUUUAGCCUUCAGGAACUGUAAUAUUUUGUAAAAUAUUGUAAAUACGACUAAUUUCCGGGUGGCAGGGCUCUGCCGACUUUAGUGUCCGGGAGGUUGGAGGCUUUUGGAGAAAGUGUGUGUGUGUGGGGGGGGUGAAUCUUACCUGAUACGUGUUUUAUGCCCGCCUGGAGGUCAAGAACAUUUCAGUUCGUCUGUCAACGUGAGAGGAGCCACUACACGGCGUUCCUCUCCAGACAUUUGUAAAAUCGUGUGUCAGGUCGGCGACAACUUCCUUGGAGAUGAGACGCUUUUACUUUGAGUUCAGCAGGAAAAGAGGCUGAGGCUGGAGCAACACCUUCCGCUUCUGGGAGGCGAGGGUGUGAAAACACUCCUCUUGUCAGGAAACAUGCUGUUUUCUUACGUUAUCAUGUUGUUGUUUUACCUGAUUUUCUUUUUAAUAUCCAAUCAUUUGUUUUGUGAAGGAAAAUGAAGGACUUUGCAUGCAGGAGCUGUCGUGAGUCGGGGACCGCUCCGUGAUUUUCAUGUGAAUGUGUCAUGUGGUUUGAUACACAUUGGUCUCCAUGUGCUGUAUUUCUUGGGGGGCAUUUGCAAAAUGUGAACUAUUAAUCUGAUUUUCUGUUUUGUUUUUUUGUUGUUGUUGUUGUUUUCUGUUAUUAGUAGUACAUUAACAUCUAUAUCGGGGUGCGGAUGGUAUAAUGCGCCGUCCGCACCUUCCAGCACUGCAUAUCCACUGGAGGACUCAGUCUGUAGCAACGUGACAUCUUUUCUUUUCUUUUUUUUUUUGUAGACCAAAAUGAGAGCUACUAGGACGCUGCACUGGCCGUUCACCAUGAACUUACGUUUUCCUUCUAAUGUUAGCUGAAGAUAAAAAAGGAGCACUCUCGACCUACAAAAUAACCAGGUUUCACAUUUUGAUACACUCGCCGUACCUGCUGCGGAAAUUUUAAAUGUUCCAUUGAAAAAAAAAAAACAAAAAAACUUUCUUGUCAACACUGUAACUUUUUCUGAUUUUUUUUUUUUUCCCUGUGAUUUUACUCCUUUUGGGGGAGGAAAAAAAAAGAACUUUUUAAAAUUCCUAAUAAAUUAUUUUAAAACAUUCCA